GGGGGGCGGGGCUUCGGCCGGCGGCUCCUGCCCCGGGCCGGAGCGAGUCGCCGCCGGGUCCCUGAGCCGGGGUAGAGCCCAGACGUCGCCGCAGACGAGAGAGGCGCCGCCCGCCCCGUCCAGCCGCCGCGCGCAGGCACUGUAAAGUCAGCUUUGAACUGUGAGGCGGGCCACCUCAUCCCAGCUGCUCAGCUCCCACCACGACCAAGCCGGAGCCCUCCCCCUGCCCCCCCUCAAAUUCCUCACUCCAUCUGUAAUCCUCCUCCAUAAUAGCCCUUACUCACCUCCUUCCUGUUUCUUAAACACCCUUCCCGCAUUUCCCAGACGGAGGGUACCUCUUUUUCCAUAAUCUUCUCUUCAUCAGUCAACUUGUUUCCUUCUUUCUUACUGGGGUCCUAGGAAGCGCCAGCGCCCCGACUGACCUUGCCUGGUGUUCUCCACCCUCCCUAACUGUAGUCUGUCCUGUCUCAACACUAUCGCAUAUAUUUCACGCAUCUUCCACCCCCCCCAUCACUUCACUGUGGCCACACAGCACUUUCUGCAUCCUCUACAAAUGUCUCCCUCUUCCUACUGCCCGCUGAUGCCUUCGUCUCCUCCAUAAACACCCCCCUCAGGCAAUUCUUGUGCUACCCCAAAACUGCCUCAUUUACACUCUGAUUGGGUCUAUAAACACCCCCUUGACAAAGCUUUUUUUUAAUCCCACCAUCCCCUGCCCUGAGCCUCCCUCCUGUCAUAAUUCUAUCCUCUCUCCGACUUUUCCCUCUCAAGCUCUACCCUUCCCCGCCCAGGCUGGCCCACGAUUCAGGGUCACCCUCACCUCUUCCCCGUGGGCUGCCCCCCACCAUGUUCCCCUGAGCCUCCAAGGAGGGGGCUCAGGGGGCCCGAUGGCCUCCCGCCCCCUGUGGCCCCACAGCCCCCGUGGGCCAGGGGAAGUGCCUCAGAAGGCUCAGCGCCCAGGAUGGGCAACCGCACGUGGGACGGCUGCCACGUGGACUCGCGCGUGGACCACCUCUUCCCGCCAUCCCUCUACAUCUUCGUCAUCGGCGUGGGGCUGCCCACCAACUGCCUGGCCCUGUGGGCAGCCUACCGCCAGGUGCGGCAGCGCAACGAGCUGGGGGUGUACCUGAUGAACCUCAGCAUCGCCGACCUGCUGUACAUCUGCACGCUGCCACUGUGGGUUGACUACUUCCUGCAUCACGACAACUGGAUCCACGGCCCCAGCUCCUGCAAGCUCUUCGGGUUCAUCUUCUACACCAACAUCUACAUCAGCAUCGCCUUCCUGUGCUGCAUCUCGGUGGACCGCUACCUGGCCGUGGCCCACCCACUGCGGUUUGCCCGCCUGCGCCGGGUCAAGACGGCUGUGGCCGUGAGCUCCGUGGUCUGGGCCACGGAACUGGGGGCCAACUCGGCGCCCCUGUUCCACGACGAGCUCUUCCGCGACCGCUACAACCACACCUUCUGCUUCGAGAAGUUCCCCAUGGAGGGCUGGGUGGCCUGGAUGAACCUCUACCGGGUUUUCGUGGGCUUCCUCUUCCCAUGGGCCCUCAUGCUGCUGUCUUACCGCGGCAUCCUGCGGGCCGUGCGGGGCAGUGUGUCCACGGAGCGCCAGGAGAAGGCCAAGAUCAAGCGGCUGGCCCUGAGCCUCAUUGCCAUCGUGCUGGUCUGCUUCGCGCCCUACCACGUGCUCCUGCUCUCACGCAGUGCCGUCUACCUGGGCCGCCCGUGGGACUGUGGCUUCGAGGAGCGCAUCUUCUCGGCCUACCACAGCUCGCUGGCCUUCACCAGCCUCAACUGUGUGGCUGACCCCAUCCUCUACUGCCUUGUCAACGAGGGGGCCCGCAGCGACGUGGCCAAGGCCCUACACAAUCUGCUCCGCUUCCUGGCCAGUGACAAGCCACAGGAGAUGGCCAACGCCUCGCUCACCCUGGAGACCCCGCUCACUUCCAAGAGGAACAGCAUGGCCAAGGCCAUGGCAGCUGGCUGGGUGGCAGCUCCGCCCUCCCAAGCAGACCAGGUGCAGCUGAAGAUGCUGCCGCCUGCACAGUGACCCUCCACUCGUGCAGAACCCCCUCACUCCUCGAAUCUUAUCCCACACUCCCUUCCCUCCUGGUCUGAUGUAAGCAAACUGUGUGCAAAUGAGGCCGUGUUCAUAGUCAUAAGAGUAGAAGAAAACGGGAAAACAGUGAGGCUGGUGGGUCACUGCUCGGUCAUCAUCCUCUACCACGACCCCCUAACAAUUCGGCUGAACUGUACCUAGCACUGUGCUGGGUGGUGCUAGUGACACAGCGGUGACGAAUGACAAUCCUGGCCCUCCUUCACAUGCUCCCACUCCAAUGGGGGAGACAGACCUGUCCCCAGACAGGGAUGACCCAGAGUGGAUGGGGCUCAUGCAGGGGUGCCCUGAGGGCAUCUGACCCAGGCUGAGGGUCAGGGAGGGCUCCCUGGAGGAGGGGACAAGUAAAUUAAGUCAAAUAUUCGGUUUCCAGAAGGUAACGACAUAAAGAAAGAGAAAAAAAAGGAUUAUUUCCAACAAGGAGGUAAAAUCUGGGGACUGAAGGGGAAGAUGGGAGAAGAAAUUCACCGAGGGGUAGAGUGGUCAUUUUCGCCCUUGGGAAGCCCUUAGUCAUCUAAGGGAGUGAGGGCAAGAAGAGCGAGUGUGAGUUUCUAGAUAAACAGCAUUCUCCAAGUCAGGACUGAGGGGGGAGGCAGACUCAGGACCCAAGUGAAAGGCAAUCGGGGCAGACCAGCUGGAGGAGAGCUGAGCAGGGCAGGCUUGGGAAGGGGCUCAGGACAAGAGAAGGGUAUUUAUUCAUUCAUUCAUUCAACAGAGAUUUAUUUAUAUUCACUCUUGGCCCAGCCCUGUGCUGGCUGGGGCUGGGGACGCAAGGGUGACCGAGACAGCCCAGGCCCCCACCCUCAUGGGGCUCAUGGUAAACAAGGAAAUAAAAAUAAAUAUAAUGUUUGGAAUUGAUAAGUGUCCUGGGGAAAAAGAAAGCCGAUUGAGGGGACAGAGAAUGACAUGGACUCGGAUCUAGAGGUCAGGGGAGGGCUCGCUGGAAGGUGACACUGGAACAAAGAGCAGGUGUGUGUGUGGGGGUGGUCAGCCCUGUGGCUGUCAGGGGGAAGAGGACUUUGGGCAGAGGGAACAGUAAACGCAAAGCCUCUGGAGUGAGAGAGUACCUGAGUUUUGAGGGAGAGCAAGUGGAGUGGUGCAGCUGGAGCAGGGGGAGGCCGGGAGGGUGAGAGGAAUGACUGAUGAUUGAUGGGACUGGCAAGGUACUGGCAAGGGACCGGCCGAUCUUUUGAUCCGGGCUUUGUAGGUACUGGGGAGGACUUUGCCUUUUAAUCUGAAAUAAAGGAGAGCCACAGGAGGGCUCUUGGCAGGGGCGGGAUGGGAUCUGACUUAAAUGUUAACAGGAUCCCGGCGGCCGCUGAGUGGGAAACAGAAUAUGGGAAGGGCAGCAGCCUGGAGGCCAGUGAGGCCAGCGAGAGGUGACUGCAGUAGUCCAGGCGGGAGAUGUGGGCAGCUGAACCGGGUGGGGGUGGGGUGGGGUGAGCAAGGAACAGUGGUCAGCUUUGGGAUUUAUUUUGAAGGAAUACUUCAAAAUGAUGGAGGAAGCACAGGGCCUUUUGGGAUUAUGUAACACGAGCCCCUUGCCCAUCCUGAGGAAAGGGUUGACCAGGGGGCCCGAACUGGAAGGACUUCUGGGAAUGAUCCCAGGCCCUAUUCCAGGGCGGUCACCGGAGAGGCCAAAUGACUAGGCCAGGGUCACACAGCUGGUGAGUCAGCGCGGGGGUUAUCCUGGGCUCCCUCUCCCCUCUCCAUCUCUGCCUCUAUUCCCAUGCCCCAGGGUGGCUGAGGCUGCCUGCCUUGGCUGAUGGGGUCACGCUCCCUCUCUCCUGGCCCUCAGGGAUCACCAGGAAUGGGCAUCCUUCCAUAACCAGGCUGGAGAGCCAGAGCAGGCACCCAGCUCUGGACAGGCCUCGCCCUUUCUGACAGGUCACCUCCCUCCCUUCCUCCCAAUGGAUGUGUAACAGGCUCCAAGCUCCUGAUGAGAUGUGAAGAUCCUCCUCCCCCACACACACACCCUCCUGUCCCAGAAGUUCCCAGAAGAGGUUUCUGGAAACCCUUCUCAGAGAAAGGAAGAGGAGGGAGGAGGGGAGUGAGAAAAAAAAUGAACCUAAUGAGGAAGAUGGUUUUGCAGGAGGGGGAGGUGACUGAGACGCAGGAAGUUGGGGCUUUGGUAUUGGGUGCCGAGAGAAAAGAGGGAAGCCUGGGAUCUAUGGGGCUUAGUAAUUUUCCCGCCGCAAAGCCAUAAAGCUGCUGGGAUGGAGCUGUAAGGCCAGAACCUUUUGGAACACAGUCCCCUCAGAGAAUCAGAUGAAAGCCUGAACUCUACUCCUCCACCAAAUGCUCAUUCCCAUUCAUUCGAUAAAUAUUUAUUGAGCA